ACCCAUAAUCCACUCCAAUCGACGUUAAUAUGGCGGAUGGAAUCAAAUAUUUCUAAAUAAACUUGGAAAUUUUAAAAUAUAGAGUUUAAAACAAUUGCGUUGUGAUAUAUACCAGAUUAGAUAUAAAGACGCAAUGAAGACCGAAUAUCAAAUUCAGGUGAAAGAGGAGAUUUUGGAUGAUUUGGAAGAAAUGGAUUGUAGCGAUCAAAUGAUGGCUGAUGAUGAUCCAAAUACAUUAGGACCUGCUGCGUUAGGUCUACAAAGAGUCGGUAGUCAGCCACCACAGAAACUUUCCCCAGCACCACCUGUACAGGUCCUAAAUGCUCGCGGUAUGCCUGCUAGAAUUCGAAAGAAGAAUAAAUUAUUUUUUGAUGAUGAACUUGUAAAUACACCACAUCAUAGGACUCCUAAUGCUAAAAAGCAGAAGCCAACUCCAACCAAAAGGACACCGAAAGUUAAAAAUGAAACUCCAGGAAAAAGUCCUAAAAGGGUUACAAGUAAUAAUGUUCCAGUUCCGCAAAGGAUGAGUUCUCCAGAUAGGAAAAUAGGGCAAAAAAUUGGUAUGAGAUUGAGAAAUCUAUUAAAGUUACCGAAAGCUCACAAAUGGGUUUGUUACGAAUGGUUUUACAGUAACAUUGAUAGAUGUUUAUUUUCUGGUGAAAACGAUUUUCAAAUUUGUCUUAAAGAAUCGUUUCCCGAGUUAAAAACACGUGAACUGUCAAGAAGAGAGUGGACAAAGAUACGUAGAAUGAUGGGCAAACCUCGACGGUGUUCUCAAGCGUUUUUUAAUGAAGAACGUUUGGAAUUAGAAAAGAAAAGGAAAAAAGUUAGAGCUCUGCAACAGAGAAAAGCUACAGAUUUGACUAAUUUUAGAGAUUUACCAUCAGAAAUUCCUAUACAGUUGGUCAUUGGUACAAAAGUAACAGCCAGAUUACGCGAUCCUCCGUCCGAUGGUCUUUAUACUGGCAGUAUAGACGCUGUUGACACAUCAAAUAAUACUUAUCGUGUGACUUUUGAAAGACACGGAUUAGGAACACACUCGGUACCAGAUUACGAAGUUUUAUCUAAUGAACCAAUCGAAACAAUAACAAUAUCGAGCUUUCACAGUAAGUUCCGAACAAGAAAUAAUGGCUUUUCACCAUUUCCAGGCGAUAUAAAGAGCCCUAUAUUUAAACCUCUAUGUUAUAAGAAAGAUCCACUGUUAUCAGGGUCAAUGGUUAAUCAGCCGAUGAUGUUCCAAACUACUACUCACGGUAGACUGGGUAGAUUCCCUGCGAAACUAAUAGAAAAAAUUGUUAUCGUUACAAAAAUUCUGAAUGUGAAAAAGAACAAAGUGAAACAGUUGAAAAGUAUGAAUUCUGAAGCGGAAAAAUUGGAUUCCUUUGAUCAGGAAUUGCCGGAAGACUUUGAGAGGCGAUAUGCAAGCAUUUUGAUAGAUUUGGAAAAGCUGAAUACAGAUUUGCAGUUAUAUUUAGAUGAUAUACAAGUAUAUUGUCAAGAAAUUGCUCCUGAACCUAGUGUCGCUGCAAUGCUGGCCCCAUCUCAUCUCAGAGAGAAAUGUAGGGAAGAAGCAAAGGAUAUAGUCGACAAACAAAAUUCAGUCAGUUCUGGGGAUAAAAAGGCCUGCGAAAAUCCAGCUAUUCUAGAGUUAAUCACCGAUCUCACGGCGCUCAUGCUGCAAAUCAAAAGUUUAGCAGAUAACGAUCACAACGCUUACGAACUUCAAGUUUUAGAAGGCACAGUGGAAAAUAUAAAAAGAAAAUUGAGUCCGGUGAAUCAAAAAAUCUUUCAGAGCAAUGUAGAAGUUCAUAUGAAGCAAAUCGAAGUUGGCCUAACCCAAACAAAUGCGGAAAACUUAGUCAUUGGUCCCAUAGGAAAUAUUUAGCGAUUCUAAAGUCUCACAAAUAUAAAUAAUUUUAAAUAAUAACUGUGUUCAACAUAAUUUUAUAUAUAUUGUAAUAUUUUUUGUUUGUUUGUUGUAUUGCUUUUUAUACAGGGUGUUAU